UGCUCACUGCUGCCUUCCUCUUCGCCCACCAUGAUGGAGUCGGCACUCGCUCUGCUCCUGCUCUUCCACUGUGCAGGGGUGCGGGGAACUCUGACAUGGCAGGGGCAGUGCCAGCCCAAAACAUCCUGCAAAGAGUGUAUAAGAAGCCCAGGCUGUGCUUGGUGUAAACAACAGGGUUUCCUUAAGCCAAGUGAGCCCACUGAGCAGCGGUGUAGCAGUGCAGAGGAUCUGAGGAGCAGAAACUGCUCUGAAGGUGAGGUGAUCAACCCCCGGUCCGUCAAAGAAGUUCUCAAGGACAGCGAGUUUCGGAGUGACUCGGAUAAUGUGGUGCAGCUGCGUCCUCAGAAACUCCACUUGAAACUUCGAGUGGGAGUCCCACAGACGUUUAAGGUGAUGUUCAAGCGAGCAGAGGGCCACCCCAUCGACCUGUACUACCUAAUGGACUUGUCCUACUCGAUGCAGGACGACCUAGAAAAUGUCAGGAAGUUGGGCCAGAAGAUCUUUGAUGCCCUGAGGAACAUCACUCCCGCAGUUCGGAUUGGAUUUGGCUCCUUUGUGGACAAAGUGGCCCUUCCAUUUGUCAACACGGUGUCUGAGAAGCUCAGAUGGCCCUGCCCCAAUACGGGAAGACCGUGCCAGCCUGCCUUCAGCUUCAAGAAUGUUUUAAGUCUCACCGAUGAUGCCGAGGAAUUUCAUAGAAGAGUGAGCAAGGAAGACAUCUCAGCUAACCUGGACAACGCAGAGGGCGGCUUUGAUGCCAUGAUGCAGGCUGCAGUCUGUCAGAACCACAUUGGUUGGGGGAAUGUCACCCGUAUCCUGGUGUACGCUUCUGACGACACCUUCCACACUGCUGGCGAUGGCAAGAUGGCCGGGAUCUACCUUCCCGCUGAUGGGAAGUGCCAUCUCGACAACGAAGGUGUCUAUGACAAGGAUGCGCUCUAUGACUACCCUUCGGUGGGCCACCUUUCUGAGGUCGUCUCCGCUAACAAAAUUCAUCUCAUCUUUGCUGUCACGGGGAGGAAUUAUGACAGCUAUAUGGAACUGAGUAAGCUCAUCCCCCAGUCUGUGGUGGGAGCGCUGAGUGAUGACUCCAGUAAUGUGGUCCAGCUUAUCUCAGAGGCCUGCGAGAAGCUGACCUCCACCGUGAUCCUGAACCACCAGGACGUCCCGCCAGGCCUGAGUAUUUCCUACAGCUCGCACUGCUUCACUGGAGUCCACACCCAAGGACAAAAGAGGGGCGAAUGCCACAGUGUUCAGACCAAUCAGCAGGUAAACUUCUCCGUGACUUUGAGCAGCUCCGCCUGCCUGGAGAGAACCAAGACUUUCGUCAUAAAACUGCAGGGUCUCAGUGAGGAGAUUCAGGUCUCUGUGGACACAGAGUGUGACUGCAACUGCCAGGACCAGGAGGAGAAGUCCCCCAGUUGCAGCAAACAUGGAACCCUCAUUUGUGGGGUGUGCAGCUGUGACCCGGAGCACACAGGACAGAGGUGUGAGUGCCAGCAGAAGGAGGACGAGCACGCAGCGUUGUUCCAGAAGUCCAAAUGUCGGCAGACCAACACUUCUGUCCUGUGCAGCGGGCACGGGAGGUGUGAGUGCGGUCGCUGCGUGUGCCGGGGCCAACACAAGGGCGAGUUCUGCCAGUGUGACGACACCAGCUGCGAUCACCAUGACAACACAAUCUGUGGCGGUAAGGCUGCCGAGAGGGGCGCUGUGCAAUUCUCGUUAAACUUUAGAAGAAGCUGCCCCAGAAACGGUGCUGGAACUUCGUUUCAGAAUCGGCCUGUAGGCAAGGGGACAUGUAACUGCGGAGUCUGUGAGUGUUUCCCCAAUUACACAGGUUCUGCCUGCCAGUGCUCCAGCUUCAGAGACCGGUGUCAGACUGGGAGUUCGGGGGAGUGCAGUAACCGCGGCCUGUGCAAGUGCAACAGGUGCCACUGUGAGCCGGGCUUCUACGGCGAGCACUGUGCUCAGAUAGAGGCGCCGUGCCAAACAUACCUGGCCUGUGCCAGAUGUACCUUAUCCAGCGUGGAGGGAGUAGACGUCCAUCAGCUCUGCAAAAAGACUUGCGGUGCUGCAAAGCUCAUCCACGCCAACUCCACCUUGCUGCCAUGUAGAGAUGCUGACACAUCCUUCAGGGUGGAGCUGGACGGAAGGGAUGGCAGUAUCUUGCUCUACUAUGCUCACCCUUUGGGCAGUAUUUACAUAACAACUGUGAUCAUCCUCAGUGCUGUGUUAGGGGUCCUUUUCAUCGGCAUCGUCUUGCUUCUCUUCUACCGGCUUCUACUUGAAGUCAUCUAUCAAAUACAGUACUGGAAGUUCAAGAAGAAACGGCAACAAAAAUAGUGAUGUCAUUUCCUCACGUGUACAAGGAAUAUACAUACGAUGGAUGUCGCAUGUACACACCCUUAUUGAAAUUUCAGCUUCUGUGAUCUAAAGGCUAAAAUAAACACAAAU